UAAUCCUUUGUUUAAAAACUAUAAAACACAAUUGAUUACCUUUGGUUUCCUUGAAGUUGCCCGGUCAUCUAAGUCGUCGACUAAAUACUCGUUUUGGAAACACCUAUAUAUACAUAUAUACAUAUAUGUAGCUCAUAUAUACAAACGGUCCAAAUUUAAGUUGUUUUUAUCAUCUUAGUGGAUGUAGUACAUACUUACCAUAAACUCAUUUCUACCUCUUAUUAAGUUAACCCAAUUUUAGAGAUUUGUUCUUUCUAUUUUCGUCAUUUUUGAGAGGCUGUCAAUAUUAUCUCUCUCUCUCUCUCUAACUUUUUUAGAAAAUUCUUAUUCCAUUUUCAUCAAUAAGUUGUUCAUCAACCCAUCAAUGGCAACUCUUGUUGCUCGACAAGGCCGCCAUAGACAACUUUACGAAGAUAAUCGUCGCCUAGUUUCCGGAUGUAUCCCUUAUAGAUUUAGAGAAGGAUGCGAAGAUUGUGAAUGUAGAGAAGAAGAUUGUUUAGAGGUUCUAAUGAUAUCUUCGCCAAAUCGACAUGAUCUGGUGUUUCCAAAGGGAGGAUGGGAGAAUGAUGAGAGUGUCCAUGAAGCUGCGUGUCGUGAAGCGUUUGAAGAAGCUGGAGUUAAAGGAAACCUAAAUACGACAGAAUUGGGUGUAUGGGAAUUCAGAAGCAAAAGCACGCAAGCCAUAAGCAGCCUUGAAGGAGGCUGCAGGGGUUACAUGUUUGCCUUGGAGGUGACUGAGGAACUCGAUAGUUGGCCGGAACAAGAAAACCAUGCUAGAAAUUGGCUGAAUAUUAGAGAUGCAUUCCGACUGUGCCGCUAUGAUUGGAUGCGGGAGGCACUAGGAGCAUUCCUCGAACUAAUGGAGAAUGAUAGGCACCAACCAAACACAACUAACAACAACCAGAUGACACUUACUACAACUACAACUAUAAUGCCGGAUCGCCAAGUUCCCAAGGCUGCAUCUGCAAAUCGCUCUAUAAAUUCUACUGCCAUUAUUGCAAUUGCAUUUGCAAUCGUAACACCAUGAUUAUGAUUAUGUUUCGACUACUUCUACUUCUUUGGGGGUGGUAACGAAAUAUAACUGUACAAAUGAUUUUGAACAAAUCAUAGUGUUUCUUAGGGAUGUUUAGUCUUGGGUGCUAGUAUGCAAGAUCUGACAUCAAAUUUCUGCUCGAUGUCACUGCUCUUUCUACAACAGGGGAAAAAACCAACAAAAAGUGUUGCUUAGUUUUAUCUUGUUACAUAAUUUCAACCUUUUUGGAACAUAAAUACACAGCUUUCCUCUUAAA